CUUCCAAGAGGCUGAGGGGCCCCGGGGGGCUUACAGCCGACUGUGGGAAAUGUGCCGUGGGUGGCUGAGAGUGGAGAAUCACAGCAAGGAGGAGAUCCUGGAGCUCUUGGUCCUGGAGCAGCUGCUGAGCGUCCUGCCCCCGGAGAUCCAGAGCCGGGUGAGGGAGAGCGGCCCUGAGAGCUGCUCCCAGGCAGUGGCCCUGGCCGAGGAGCUCCUCUUGAGGCAGGAGAAGCAGGUGCCCUUGGAGGGAGCCGCCGGAAUGGUUUCUGAGGCAGGCGAGGAUCCAUCUGAGAGUGAGAAGAGGCAUUUCUUGAUGGACAUUAAAGAAGAGCCCGACACUCUAGGGGAUGAUCAGCAGAAUGAAGAAUACGAGGAACUGCAUGAGUUAUCAUCUGUAAGAGUCAAGAAUCAAGAGUUGACCGGAAACUUCAAAAAUCUAGACAGAGCAAAGGGAGAAGAAGGAAGUCACCUGUUUGAGAAGGGGAAUCAACCCUAUCUUUGCCAAGGAGGGGAUUUCUGUGAAGUAGUUCACAUUGGGGGGGAAACAUACAAGUGCUUGAAAUGUGGAAUGGACUUUUCAGACAAAGUCCAAUAUAAUACCUGUUUGGAAAAGAACAGUAGAAUGAAGACCUCUAAACGUCUGAAGUGUGGAAAGAACUUCACUUGCACAUCAGAGCUUCUUAGACACCAAAGAAUCCACAAAGCAGGUAAAGUGUAUAUCUGCUCAUCCUGUGGGAAGAGCUUCUCGCAUAAAACAAGCUUCAUUCUGCACCAAAAAAUUCAUAUGGAACAGAAGCCAUUUAUCUGCUUGGAGAGUGGAAAGAGUUUCUCUGAAGGAAAUAAGGGUAAUCUGCAUUUUCCAAGGCAUAGUAGUAUGAAGGCAUCUAAAUGCUUUCAGUGUGGAAAGUGCUUCAGAUACAAAUCUCAAUUCCUUGCACAUCUAAGAACCCACACAGGGGAGAAACCUUUUGAAUGCUCAGAGUGUGGAAAGAAAUUCAUUAGGAGUUUUCAUCUUCAGCGGCAUCUAAGAACCCACACAGGGGAGAAACCUUUUGAAUGUUCAGAGUGUGGCAAGAAAUUCAAUCAGAGCUACAAUUUUCAACAGCAUCUAAAAACACACACAGGGGAGAAACCUUUUGAAUGCCUGGAGUGUGGAAAGAAAUUCAAUAAGAGAGAGAAGCCUUUUCAAUGCUCAGAGUGUGGAAAGAGUUCCAACUGGAUUUCCAGUCCUCAUUGGCAUCAAAGAACCAAUACAGAGGGGAAACUUUUUGAAUGUUCAAAGUGUGGAAAGGGUUUCAACUGGAAUGCCAAUCUUCAGUGGCAUCAAAAAAUCUACACUGGGGAGAAACCUUUUGAAUGCUCAGAUUGUGGGAAAAAAUUCAAGGAGGAACCUUUUCAGUGCUCGGAGUGUGGAAAGGAAUUUAUCCAGAGUUGCCAUCUUGUACAGCAUCAAAGAAUCCACACAGGAGAACUGGAGGACCGAGGCUGGAUCCGGACCGGGGACCGGCUGGAAGGUUUUCAGGUUCAGUUCAAAGGCCUGGUUAUUUCCAGGAAAUCCACAACCCUGAAGGGCAGCCAGUCCCAUUACGCUAUACGUAUGAAGGUGCCUUUUGUGGAGUCUAUUAAAGCCAGUGUUGUCUCCAGGGUCUCAGACAAAGGCCUUCACAUUACCUCCUACUUCAUCCGUUUGACUGGAGAUGCUGGGGAUUGA